UAUUAUCUUAUAAAGAACAAUAUUCAAAUUCAUUUAUUAUAUUUUACUGGAAACCAUUUUUCAUUUCCCUUGCUUAACUUUUUAGGUAUACAUGCAUUAAGAUCGAGGAUAAUUGGGGGAGUUUCUGCUAAUAUACAAGAGUUUCCCUACAUCGUAUCUUUUCGAAAUAUCGAGGAUAAUAUUCACUUUUGCGCUGGUUCGAUUAUUAGUCAUUGGAAUGUUUUAUCGGCAGCCCAUUGUUUUAUCGAAUUCGAAAAUGAAUUUGAUGACGUAAGGAUGUACAGUGGAACAUCAAGUUCGUUCGACGUUUCUGGACCAACUUUUACAAUUCAACAUAUUGUAUUCCACAUUGACUAUCAGAGACCAGAGAGGUUAGAUUUUAUAAAUCUACACGAUAUAGCCAUUAUUAAGACUAAUGAACAUAUUGAAUUCAAUCAAUUUCAAAAUAAAAUAAAUCUUCCGACGAGAGACCUUUUUCAAGGGAACAUUGGUCGUGUUGCUGGAUGGGGAGUGACAUCUUAUCCACACAACAGACUUUCUCUAUUUCUUCGACAAGCAGCAUUAGAUAUUAUUGAUCAUGAACAUUGUAUGCCAAUUGUUCCAAUAAUACUUGACGAAACUCAAUUUUGUGGCAUUCAUACAGUGGCAAUCACAACAUGUGUAGGUGAUAGCGGUGGACCAUUGGUUAGCAACGAUGAAUUAUUUGGCAUCAUUUCAUUCAGUUUUCAAUGUGCCGAUGGUGUACCUGACGUACAUACCAAGGUUUACUCAUACCUAGAUUUCAUAAGAGGGCACUUGCUAGAUUAAUAUUUAUCCAUUGCUUUUCUAUAUUAUUAUUCCGCUAAAUUAAAUAUAUUUAUGAGAAACAAAUUUAUUGAUACGAACGAGGACGUAUUG